UUCAAUCCAAGAUCCAAGAUCCGUAGUCCCAGAUCGGUGCUGUCCUGCCAAGUGGAAUAUGUUCAAGUUACUCGGUUUGACGCUGCUAAUGGCGGUCAUGGUCCUUGGAAGGCCAGAGCCGCCAGUUAACUCCUACCUCCCGCCCUCCGACAGCUACGGUGCUCCGGGCCAGAGUGGUCCAGGUGGCGGCGGUGGUGGCCAGUCGGGUCCGGGCGGCAGGCCGUCCGACUCGUAUGGAGCUCCUGGUGGCGGCAGCGGCGGACGUCCUUCGGAUAGCUACGGCGCUCCUGGCCAGGGAGGUCAGGGAGGCGGCUUUGGCGGAAAACCCUCUGACACCUAUGGAGCUCCUGGAAACGGAAAUGGCAACGGAAACGGCAACGGCGGUCGUCCUUCCAGCAGCUACGGUGCUCCUGGCUUGGGUGGAGGCCAGGGUGGCGGCUUUGGCGGCAAACCCUCGGACUCUUAUGGUGCUCCUGGAAACGGCAACGGCAACGGAGGUCGCCCAUCUAGCAGCUAUGGAGCUCCUGGUCAGGGACAAGGCGGGUACUCUAACGGUGGAAACGGCAAUGGCAACGGCAACGGCGGUCGCCCUUCAAGUAGCUAUGGAGCUCCUGGACAAGGUCGUCCUUCAGACACAUACGGAGCUCCUGGACAGGGUGGAAACGGUGGACGUCCCUCGGACUCGUACGGUGCUCCAGGACAAAACGGCAAUGGUGGACGUCCCUCGGACUCCUACGGUGGUCCAGGACAAGGUGGUAAUGGCGGACGCCCCUCCAGCAGCUAUGGUGCUCCCGGUCAGGGCCAAGGCGGUCAGGGAGGAUUCGGAGGACGCCCCUCAGACACUUACGGCGCUCCUGGUCAGAACGGUAACGGUGGACGUCCCUCAAGUAGCUAUGGAGCUCCAGGAUCAGGACCUGGUGGCCGACCCUCAGACUCCUAUGGACCCCCGGCCUCGGGAGCCGGCGCUGGCGGAGCUGGAGGCAGUGGACCCGGUUUGCCAGGUGGCGGUGGCGCCGAUUACGACAACGAUGAGCCCGCCAAGUACGAAUUUAAUUACCAGGUUGAGGACGCGCCCAGCGGACUCUCGUUCGGGCAUUCAGAGAUGCGCGACGGUGACUUCACCACCGGCCAGUACAAUGUCCUGUUGCCCGACGGAAGGAAGCAAAUCGUGGAGUACGAGGCCGAUCAGCAGGGCUACAGGCCACAGAUCCGCUACGAGGGCGAUGCUAAUGAUGGCAGCGGUGCCAGCGGCCCUGGAGGCCAAAACUUGGGUGCUGAUGGCUAUUCCAACGGUCGUCCCGGCAAUGGCAAUGGCAAUGGCGGACGUCCUGGCGGUCAAGACUUGGGACCUGGUGGCUACUCCAACGGUCGUCCCGGUGGUCAGGACUUCGGUCCUAGUGGCUACUCCGGCGGACGUCCAGGUGGCCAGGACUUGGGUGCUGGCGGUUACUCCAAUGGUCGUCCAGGUGGCCAGGACUUGGGUGCCAAUGGUUACUCUAAUGGUCGUCCCGGUGGCCAGGACUUCGGACCCGGUGGCUACUCCAGUGGCAGACCCGGCGGCAAUGGCAACGGCAACGGAAACGGAAAUGGUGGCGGUGACGGACGUGUGAUCAUUGGUGGACGCGUUAUCGGCGGUCAGGAUGGCGGUGAUCAGGGCUACUCCGGUGGACGUCCCGGUGGCCAGGACCUCGGACGCGACGGUUACUCCAGUGGCCGGCCGGGAGGCGGCCGCUCUAACGGACAGGACAACCAGGAUGGCCAGGGAUACUCCAGCGGCAAGCCCGGCGGCCAGGGCAGGAACGGAUUCGGUCCCGGCGGCCAGAACGGCGACAACGAUGGCAGCGGUUACCGGUACUAGGAAACACGGACUCCCAGACACACUUAGCUAGAUUUUUCAGACGUAGAGCAAUAUAUCUAGUAGAUAAGACUUUCUAGAACUAUGUACUGUCCUCACCCUCCGACAUCUCUUCGAUCCCAUUCUUCUAUCCUCCUCGCUGUCCUCAUUGCCCAUUUUACCUUCUCACUUCCUCUUAGCCGUAAGACCCUGUUGUUGUAAAUGC